ACCCACCAAAAAGGCGCAGAUGUCACUUGGUUCGCUUUUUCUUUCCGAAUUAGACGCCGGCCCCCCAUCCCGUGCACAAGCGCCACUUCGCACAUGCACACGGCACCGUGCGCCAUCGUUCGACUCUUGCACGCCGUCUUCAUGUUCCACGACAUGUCUCGAUAACCCAACAGAACCUUCAGACUUGUCAUCCACCACCAAGAUCACCACCCUCAAUCAUCUGCGCUCCCUGGUGCCUCACUCUUACUGCAUUGGCAUCGAUGUGGAGGGUAUCGAGGGGAUAGCGCAGGGUAUCACCUCCGUGGGCAUCUCCAUCCUGCCACCCGUCUUCUCCCUCUCCCCGGCAUCCGCGGAUGGCUCGUGGCCAUGGCCCUUUCCAGACCACCACCAAGGGCAAAUCGACCUCGACACCAUCGCUUCUCACUACCGUCUGCAGUCUUACUGCUUUGCCGUCCUUGGCCGUGAGCGUGCCCGGUCCUACGAGCAUUUCCACUACGGCGAGGUGGUCCACCACCCCAUCACCCACCUCCAGUCCACCAUUGUCUCCGUACUGCAGUCCAUCCGCCUUCAGGACCCCACGGCCCAUACCAUCCUCGUGGGAUUCGACAUGGAGCUUGAGCACCGCGCCGUCAAAUCUGUUUUCCCUUUGUUGGAUGACCAUGUCACACACUGGUGCGAUGUCUCGCAUACCGGUCUUGCGGAUGCGAGAUGGGAAGGUAGAAGGGUAGCGCACAAGACGCAUCGCAAGAUCUCGUUGCGGGAUGCCAUGUUGGCUCUCAACUUCAGGCGUAACCAUGGGAUACAGCCCCGAGCGAGGCAUCACUCGGCUGGUAUGGACGCUGUGCGCACACUGGGAACAAUGCUUGCGCUUCUGGCGAGGGCGCCAGAGGCAGGAGGUUUGGUGGUCAAAAGGUUUACGUGGGAGGAGCAUGGGAACAGAAAACUGUGGGAAUGGGUGCCAAGACCGGCAUCCAAGUUCCCUUGGACAGUGAAAAUUGUACCGGUGCCGACAGAUGACAAGGACGGAACAGCGCACCUGCCAGAGUCCCUUGGCAGACCAGCCCGGUUGUUCAAUUUCGUAACGAGGAACUUUGCGGAACCAAAAGCCGUAGCGGUCUGUCCCCCGGCUAGGUCGGGGCCGCUGAAGACACAUGGCUGGGUGAGUCUACAUAAUGAGGAAGAGAUGAAGAGGCUCGUAAGAGACUGGGAUGGGAAGAUGGUUGUCGAUGGGGUUAUGUUGAAGGUCGGGGGGAGACCGCCUCCUGAGAACCCCCCUAAGACCUCACUUGAGCACCCGAUGAAAGCCAGUUCCAGCAUCAACGAAAUGGUUAAAAGAGCUAAGUCAAUGGCAGAUGAGCUACACGUUGAAGAGGAAGAAGCAGAGCGGGACUCGUUUCUCGCAGAGGGACUGUCCAACAUGGAGCUUGAUGACACUGGAGAGGUAGCCAGUGCGCUAGAUUUCUUGUUCCAAUCGGACAGUGAUGACAGCUCCUUGGGUGAUAUAUGCCGUACUUAUUCCCCAAUUGAAACGGACUGGAACAAAAACAAAACAAGUUGGCGAUGAGGUUCAAAC